CUUUCUUUAGAAUGUGGAGAGCAGAUCCAGAAGCGCACCGGCUGAGCAUCCACAGUUGGUCCCCGGUUUGUGCCAAGGGGAGUUUUCGUUCUCUGUGGAACAGAACUUCUUGCCGCGUUGGACAAAAUGCCCCAGGUGAACGGGUAUGUGCAGUCGCCGCUGGACGGCCUCCUGGAACAGCUGACGCUGCACCUGGCCUGCUCGAAGUGCAGCCUUCAGGUGAACGAGAGCACCUACCAGCUAGCGGAGCAGCCGCCGCACUGCUGCCCGAAGGAACUUCUCCUGGCCAGGUGCAAGGGGACGCAAGGGAAGCUCUGGAGGAAGGUGGGCAGGAGGCCCAUCUUCCCAAACCCAGCCCAGUACGACGUGUGCCGGUACUACGUCCCUGGCCGGGGGUGCACCAAGCACAGGAACCAGUGCACCUUUGCCUGGAGCCAGGAGGAGGUGAUCGUGUGGACGUAUGAGAGGAAGCACAACAUGGGGAGGCAGCUGCUGAAGAUGCUGCUGUGGCGAGAGCUGAGCAGCUCCUUGAGCAGCCAGUUCCCCCCCAAGCCCCUGGACCACAGCGUCUCGGAGGACAUCCUGAGUGAGUUCGGGGGACGCUUCCAGGAGAUCUGUAAGACCUGCUUUUAUAGAACCCCGCAGAAGAUCUGCCCCAGAGACUCGGCCUGGGCCUGCAGGGGCCACUGGAGCCCUCUUUUGGCCCAUGUGGUCACCAACGGCACGAGGAAGGAGCAGUACACGGAGAUCCGGCCCUGCCCGGGGGCCGUGAAGUUGUUCAGCUACUGCAGGCCCGUCUCUGCGGGCGAGCCCUGCAAGCACACCGUGGACCGGUGUGUCUUCGCGCACAGCGACGUGGAACUGGCGGUCUGGGAGGCGGAGCAGCACGGCGGCUUAGCGCGCGGAGACCUGCUGCGCUCGCAGGGGGACGGCCAGGCGGGGGAGGAGGCCUCGCAGCCCGGAGUCCGGUUCUACUGCCGGGUGUGCCUGGUGACCUGUAGCUCGCAGGAGAGCUUCGAGAACCACUGCUCCUCCGUGGAGCACAGGCAGCUCAUCACCACCAACUGCCUGGUCCAGUGGACUUACCGCACGCCCCCGUACGACCCCAAGGCCCUUGUUCUCUGCAGCAGAGCGGAGGCCUGUGACUAUGGGCAGGAUUGUGCCAAGGCCCACUCCAUCGAGGAGCUGGAGGAGUGGAUCCAGAGGGUGAAGCUGGCCGAGGAGAGCAGGAAGUCUGCUCGGCAGGGCGGCCUCCUGGCUUACCAGGACCGGCUGCUCGCCGAAUACCAAGAGAGCUACAAUGAGGUCUUGAUUAUUUCUCAGGAACUCGAAGGGGUAGUGGUUACCUGCCAGCAGCCCCUGAAGGUAUUUUCAGAGGACAAGAAGAUGCGGUACCAAUGGAUUUUCACUGUUCAUUCCCAGAAACAGCUGGAGCACGUGGCCCUGCUGAAGAAGGUCCCCGGAGCCUCCUUUUCCCUGGGGGACGAGGGCUCCCAGGGUCUCACCUACGCCUCGGGGAAGAGGUUCAGGACGCUCCCGACGCUUCAGAGGGCGACUGUGGUGGAGGUGCAUGUGGAGUGCCACGCGUUCGGAGUCUACGAGCAAUGGGUGGUCUUCGACUUCGGUAGCCGCCCGGUGUUGCUCCGCAAACUCCAGGUGAGGGUCGGCCCGCGGGAGGCCCCCUGGCUAACGAGCGCGGCUGCGGAGCAGGGCGGCCAGCUCGUGGACUUCGAGCGCUGGCACCGGGGGAACCGCGUGGUGGUGCCCGGCGUGGAGCGCACGGCCAAGGAGCUGGAGCUGCUGGCUAGGUACAAGGCCCCCGGCAACGCGCUGGAGUUCCAUUGCAGUGCUGCGAAGAAGCUGCUCGGCCGGUUGAACUACCGCCUGCAGAUGCACAACUUCCUGUUCAGAGAGGAGGAGGCACAGCAGACGCUGAUCUCCAGGCUGAACUUGCAAGUCGUGGCCCUCCUGCAGCAGAUGACGGAGACCCUUUCCAUGGGAAUGAAGAUUGCCCCCCCGGGCAUGCUGUACGCACACAUCCCCACCCCCGACUCCCUGACCCCCGACUCCAAGGAAGGCUUCCUGCUCUUCCGCUCGGUCAAAACAGCCUUCCUGGCUCCAGACCCGCCGCUCAACAACCGGGUCUUCGAAGUCUCCGUCGACAGCAAGGACAUCACCGAGAGGAGCGUCUGGCUCCUCCUGCCCCCGCUCUGCUGCUUCGAGCUGGGCCUGGCGGCGGGCAUGUCCCUCAAGGUCGAGGUCCAGUUCCAGGUGGACCAGCUCCAGUUCCGGGAGUGGCACCUCGCCGCGGACCGGCUCUGCGACGAGCGGCUGGUGCUCCCCGACGUGGCCGCCUGCUCCGUCCCGCAGCCCCCGUGGCAGGUGCCACGGCUUCCGUGGGGGAACGCGAAGCAGCAGCAGGCCGUCUCCUUCAUCACCGGGCAGGCGGCUGGGGUCCGGCAGGUGCCCCCUCUUCUGAUCUAUGGCCCUUUCGGGACGGGGAAGACCUUCACCUUGGCCAUGUCCACACUGGAGAUCAUCAAGCAGCCCAAGACUCGGGUUCUGAUCUGCACCCACACCAACAGUGCGGCUGAUAUCUACAUCUGCGAGUAUUUCCACGAGUACGUCACCUCGGGGCACCCGGAGGCAGCUCCUUUGAGGAUCAAAUACCCCGGCCAGGACGUCCACAAGACAGACCCUGUCACGCUGCCCUACUGCUGCCUCUCCCCCAACCGGGACUCCUUCCGCCUCCCGUCGAAGGAGGAGCUGGACCGGCACCGUAUCGUCAUCACUACCUCCAUGCUGUCGGUGAAGCUCGGGCUCAGCCCCGGCUAUUUCAGCCACAUCCUGAUCGACGAGGCGGCCCAGAUGCUCGAGUGCGAAGCCUUGGUCCCGCUCUCCCUGGCGACCUUGGAGACCCGCAUCAUCCUGGCAGGGGACCACAUGCAGGUCACCCCCACGGUCUUCUCCUUGCAGGAGGGCGAGCAGCUGGCUGACUACACGCUCCUGAAUCGCCUCUUCCAGUACUACAAGAAGGAGAAGCACGAGGCAGCGGUGAAGUUCAGGACCAUCUUCAAUGAGAACUACCGGUCCACCGCCGGCAUCAUCAGCUUCGUCUCCCGGCACUUCUAUGUCGGGAAGGGAGAUGCCAUCCACGCCAGGGGCAACGUCCCGCCUCACCCCGAGUUCCACCCGCUCAUGUUCUGCCACGUGGACGGCCUUGCCGAGCGACACCACACCGUGCCUUCCUGGUUCAACAGCUCCGAGGCUGGGCAGGUCGUCGAGAAAGUGGAGGAAAUGAUCCAGAGGUGGCCGGCUGAGUGGGGGGUGCGAGACCCCAAGAAGAUCUGCGUGGUCUCCUGUGGCGUUCAGGUGAAAACAAUCAGGCAGCAGCUGCGGAAGAAGCACCUAGGAGAAGUGAUGGUGGAGAACCACGAGAACCUACCAGGAAGAGCGUUCCGUGUCAUCAUCAUCAGCACCGUCCAUACCAGGGAAAGCCUUGGCCAUGUUGCCUCCUCCAACCUGGACUUCUUCAACAACGCACGGGUGCUGAACACCAUCUUGACAAGGGCACAGUCUCAAGUUAUUGCCGUGGGGGAUGUGGUGGCAUUGUGUUCCCACGGACAGUGCAGCAAGAUCUGGAAAGGCUUCGUCAAGGAGUGCAUCGAGAUGAAGGCAGUGGCUCCUGAGACUCUGACGCUGGAGGAGAUCAGGCAGGUGGCAUGCAACCAAGCCAUCUGGACCAGAGGUAGUCCUGAGCUGGAGGAAGAGGAGAGUGACACAGAUUCCUGGUUCUCUGAUGUGGAGAGCAUGAACAUCGAUGACCCCAUCUUGCAGGAACUCUUGGACGAGAGCAAAGAGAUGGUGGUGAUGGUCUCUGAUGAAGGGAUCUUGAAUGUGAAGCCAGAGGUAUCCACCCCUCAGAGCAGCGGGCAGAAAUAUGUCAACUACUCCUCACAAACCAUGGAGGAGUAUCUGCGUAUGCAGCCAAACACGUACAAACGCUGUGAACUCCUCAAGGAGGGGUUUUAUCAUGCUUCUGCCUUCACGCUUGAUGAUGACCCACCUAUGACAAUCCAGGUCAAAGGGCAGCUUCAUUGUGGAAUGGCCUUCAGUGGGGAUGAGGUCUUGGUGCAGAUCUUGCAGCCCAGUUCAGGGAGUGCCAUGACUGAAGGAAGCCCCCAUGGGAAAGUGGUGGGUGUUCUGAAGAAGGCUGAAAGGAUUUCAACCUUUGUGUGCUCAGUGGAUGAGUUUGAUCUCCGAAUCAUGAUUCCCAUUGACCGCACAGUCACCAAAAUCUUUGUCCCGGGCCUGAAAGAUCGACCAAAUAUUAUUCCCAUCCGCAAGAUAGAAGGGAACCACAGGAUUACGGGGUGCAAGGAGAUAACCCAAGAAAACAGGAAGAAAUGGCUCUUUGCGGUCCAAAUCAUCAAGUGGCAGGAAGGCUAUUACUACCCCCUGGGGAUCGUUACAGAUGUCCUUCCUGCGGCUUCCACGCUGGAGGAAGGCUUGCGUAUCCUGGAUAUAGAGUUCGGUCUCACAAAUGAAUACCCAGCCCAGGUAAACCACGCGGUGGCUGCAUUAACCUCCAGCAAAUUCCCUCCUAAGAAGGAUGAACGGAAGGACUGCCGGAGCUACCGAACCUUCACGGUUGACCCACAAGGUGCAAGAGACCUGGAUGAUGCCAUCAGCGUCAGAGACCUGGGCAGUGAAUAUGAGAUUGGGAUCCACAUUGCUGACAUCGCGUCCAUGGUCCCCAAAGGGGGUGCUAUAGAUUCUGAAGCAAAGAAGCGGGGAGCCACCUACUACAUGCCUGGGAAGGUGCCGGUGGGCAUGAUCCCACCGCAGCUCAGUCAGGACUUCUGCAGCCUCCUUCCACAGAAGGAGCGUUGGGUGAUCUCUCUCUUCGUCUUAGUGGACAAGGAGACUGACCAGAUGACCCGUGUAUCCUUUACUUUGUCCACGAUAGUCUCAGACCGGCAGCUGACCUACGAGGAGGCCGAGGGCAUCAUCCGGAACUACUAUAGUUUGGAGGCACCGUUGCUUAAUUUUGACACCCUGGAGGAUUGUGUUGCCGCUGCCUACCAUUUCUCCCGUGUCCACCGGGUGUCCAGGCUCCAUGAGGAUAGUUACUAUGAUCAGCUGGAUGAAGACAGCCUCCUCGGCCAGAGAUGUUCCCACCAGAUGAUCAAGGAGCUUAUGAUCAUGUUUAACAGUGCCGUGGCAGAGUUCCUCACCACAGAGCAUCCCACCAGAAAUCUGACUCCUCUGCGUUGCCAGAAAGAGCCCAACCCGCAUCAAGUGAAGCAGAUCAGGGAAAAAUCCAGGGAUAUAAUCCCACUGUCCACUCAUCUCUCCCAUCAUCUGGGACCUGUGAGCCCCAGAGUUCACAUGCAGGCCACUGAUAGUUUUGCUGUCCUGACUUCGUUGUGGGAUCAUCUUAGGUCAGCCGUUGAUGCCUGGGACAUUCCCAAGAUACUUGACUUGAUUAUGACAGACGACGUCCACCCCAUGCUGGCGCCUGUGAACCUGGAGUUUCGGAAACUUCUGCCCCGCUCUUUCUUUCUCCGUUCCAAUUCCUCAGAUCAGUCCAAGGUGGGCCAUUACUCCUUGCAUGUGAACUCUUACACCUGGGCUUCCUCCCCCAUCCGGCGCUACAUAGACAUCGUCCUCCAGCGGCACCUCCUCUCUGUGAUCUUGAACAAGGCCGUGGAGUACUUCCCAGCUGAGAUCGAAAGCCUCUGCCACGACUUCAACCGGAAGAACAGCAUGGCCAGCGCCUGUGAGAAGAGGGCGCGCUCUUUGGAGACGGCGGCUCAGUUGACGUAUCGAUCCCAGCAGAAGGUCGCCUUUGUGAUGAACGUUGAAGAGAUGGCCAAGAACUUCGUAGUCUUGUUUCCUUUGGACAGGGACAGCCUUUCGGAUCCUCACCUCAUCAACUACAGAGCUCUCCAGCUGGUGACGCAACCGUCCUUCAAUCAGGAGCAGAAGAGCGUUCAGCUGAUGUGGAGAAGGAGGUUCUACUCCACGGAAAGCUUGAAGGAGUGCACGGCCAAGGUGGCCGUGCUCCGGGACCAGAGGAUCAGUCACUUCACCUUCAGAGCCUGGCGUGAUGUCCUUGCGGCCACCCGAAAGAAAGAUUACAAGGAGGUGGUCUCUCUCCUCGAGAAGAGCUACUGCGCACAGGGAAGAACCUUGGCAAGGAUGCAGAGGAGCCAGUGCGCUCACUAUGUCGAACUGUCUGUGGAGCUGCGGGCUGGAGACGUCUUGUACCUGCAGCUUGCCACAGAUUUCCAGCGAGGGUUCCUGGUGCCAUCUGUGCAGCUGUGGGCCAUAGGUCCAGGCUUCGAUGUGUGUUUGGAGCAUGCGGAGAGACCCGUCGACUGCUUCUCAGAGUACACCACCCAGGCAUCCAAGAAGACGUAUAAGAACGUCUCUGACUAUCGCAAAGUGUGGCUGCCCCUCUGUGCCAUGGAAGCCGCUUCAUGCGCGGUGGCUGAAAAUGAUUCCAUUGUUGUGCGUGACGUUGAAAUUGUGUGGAAGAAGCAACGGACAAAGAAUGGACAGCUCCAGGGGACAUUCUCCUUCUCCAAGGAGUUCCUGAAGCUCUGUGCCAUCAGAGUAGAUUUCAGCUGUUGCUACCUGUGCAUCCGUCUGUCAGGUCUGAGAUUCGAAGGGGUCCAGAGCAACGUGGAGGUCCUUAGCCACAGCCUCAAACAACUCAGUUUGGGCAAGGAGAACACUGAGACCAGCAAAUUCAUGGGCAACCCGACUACCUACACCUGGGUGGCCCAUGGAUGCACCACGGAGGGAGGAGACAGUGAGAAAGCUGAUCAGCGUGACCAGAAGAUGGUGAAUUUCUACAUUAAUUUUACCUCCAUGAAAAACAUCCCUGUUGAGCUCACCCAGGCAUCUUCCAGGUUCACCGUGGAACUCAUCCCGAAGUUGCUACCCGACAUCCGGACGGAGAGAGCCAUUGAGAACCUGCAAAACGCAAACGCGCUUGUUCAGGCCAUAGCGCUGCGCCAGAAGAUUCCUGUGACAGGAAAAAAAUUUUCCGAACACUGGACACGCACCAGCUUUGAUCUUCCAGGAAGCUCCAGGAAACUCAACCCGAGUCAAAAUCAAGCCAUUGCUAAGGCUUUGAAAGAGCCGUUCAGUGUUAUCCAAGGCCCGCCAGGGACUGGGAAAACGGUGGUUGGUGUUCAUCUUGUAUACUGGUUUCACCAGAUGAACCGGGAAAGCCGAGGGAAGAAGCCCCUCCUGGGUGAUGAUUCCAGAACGGAGAGCCACAUCUUGUACUGUGGCCCCUCUAACAAAUCCGUUGACGUCGUUGCCGAAAUGCUGAUGCACAUGGUGGAUUCUCCAAGGCCCUUGAGAGUAUAUGGAGAAAGUACAGAGUGGACGGAAUACCCUUUUCCUGGCAGUAGCUUGACUAUCUCUCGGAAAAGCCAGCGAGACACAAAAUCCAAGCCGGAGAUCAGGACUAUAACUCUGCACCAUCGGAUCCGUCAGCCUUCAAACCCUUUUUCUGGCAGAAUCUGUGCCUUCGAUGACCGAGUGAGGAGAGGAGAGGAAAUCACGGAUAAAGAAGUUGAGAAGUACAUCGAGCUGCUGCGGAAAGCCCGAAGGCACGAACUGGAGCGGCACGACGUCAUCCUCUGCACAUGCUCUGCCUCCUGCUCCCCUUCCCUGACGAAGGCCCUGAACGUCAAGCAGGUGCUGAUUGAUGAGUGCGCCAUGUGCACAGAGCCAGAGACCCUCAUCCCGAUGGUGAACUACAGGAAGGCCGAGAAGGUAGUAUUUCUGGGGGACCACAUGCAGCUGAGACCUGUGGUUCACAAUGAACUGACCAGGACUCUGGGGAUGCAGCAGUCUUUAUUCGAGCAGUACAAGAACAGGGCCCACAUGCUUAACAUCCAGUAUCGCAUGCACCGUGAGAUCUGUGCCUUCCCGUCCAAGGCAUUUUACGAUGGAAAACUGCAGACCUGCAGGCUUGUCUGUCGCAGCAGCAUCCUUUCCCACAGACAACGGCCCUUCUGCCCCAUCCUCUUCGGCCACAUCGAAGGAAAGGAGAAGAGCCUAAUGGUCUCCACUGAGGAGGGAAACGAGAGCUCCCAGGCCAACAUGGAGGAAGCAAACGAGGUGGUGAGAAUAGCUCAGCAGCUGACUCGCGCUGGGCUCAACAAGCCCGAGCAGAUUGCCAUCUUGACGCCCUACAAUGCCCAGGUGAUGGAGAUCAAGAAGCUUCUUUCCCAGAAAAAGCUGCCCCAUGUAACCGUUUGCACCAUCAUGAAAAGCCAAGGCAGCGAGUGGAAGUACGUGAUCGUCUCCACCGUACGCUCAUGCAGCCACCUGGAGAUUGAGAAAAAGCCACUCAGGAGCUGGAUGAGGAAGCACCUGGGCACUGUGGCCGACCCGAACCAGAUCAAUGUCGCCCUCACCCGGGCGCAGGACGGCCUCUGCAUUAUAGGAAACUCUCACCUCCUGGAAUGCAACUCCUUGUGGAGGAACCUCCUGCAGCAUUACAGGAAGGAGCAAUGUUAUACAGCUGCCGCCGCCAUCAGGAUUGAGCCACGGCUGGCAUGAAUGGAUGCCCCCGGUUCGAAGUAUGUCAUGGCCUUUAACAGAUCUUCAUCUAUUUUCUGGGCAGCUUUCCAGCUUUGUAAAUGAUACAGGAGUUGCCACUCGGAGCCAAAACUAGUGGCCCAACGUAGCACAUGAGAAUAACUAACGAGAUGCUGUUAGGGAAGGAAUUGGCAUGCAAGGCCCUUUGGGCACCGAGCCACGAGAGGGACGUGGUUUGGUGACCAUCUCUAGACCAUUGGUGGACAACUGGUGGUGUGGGCAGCAGAAGUGGCCGGAUGGAAAGAGUGGCCUCUGGGCUUGGGCUGGUGCAUAGACACUGUUCUGGCCUCUCUCUCUGUGUAUCACUGGCUGCUCUGUUGGCUCCAUAGCCCAGUGGCAAAACCAAGUUGCGGGAGACUGCAAGAGCACGGCUGUCUCACACGUUGGACUUGUCUUUGUGGCACCCUUGACUGGAAGCGUGGUCACCACCGUGCGAGGUGGCUUUUCUCUUCUGAAAGCAUUCCAUCUGGGGAGAGGGGACAUCUUUCAAUACAGAGGCCAAAAGGCCGGAGUGUUCUGCAGAAUCCCCAGCCAGAUCUUUUGGGAAAAAGCAUCUUCGCUUUGCUUUGGGGACCAAGGGAUGAAGCAGAAAACCCAAGGAGCGUUUACAAAAGCUCUUCAAGAAGAAUUCUACCUGUUGGGCUAAAGACAAGGAAAAAUAUGCCAUCUCCAAUGGAUCUGCCAGGGUCUGGUCCUUCCUUGCUCAAAAUCAGAAGAAGAGCCGGCUGCAUUUGGCAGAAAGAAUGCAAACAUUUCCUGGAUAGAGCAUCACAGAGCCUGUAAGCAGGGCCCCAUUUUUAUAAUGAGGUGGUUUUAGCCAUCAAAUGUAAAUUAUUUUGUUGUAGGGAAAUUUUUGUACAAAUGUGUUUUAAACCUCCAUUUUGAACUGUACUUGAAAAGUGUUUCCUCUUACCAAAAAUGUGUUUUUAAUUUUUCUCUUUUUAAAGCUGCAUCUGAGAGGUUGACCAGAGAUCUUGCGAAGCUUGUCUGCUCCUGAUCAUGGUACUUUUCUUUCCGCCAGCGAUUCUGAAUGUAAGCUGCAAAUCCUAAGAAAAUAAUCUAGUGUGUAGAGAAUGGACAGUUAUACACAAAGGAAGGAAACAAGCUUUUGCAAGUCCGCUGCCUGUUUCUCAGGGAACCCUGAGCGAGCCUUGAAGACAGCUCCCCGCAGUCUGCGAUCCUUUCUGUCAACAGCUCAGAGAACUGUGUGGUUGUUCAUACAUUCCAGUGUUCUUAGAUAUGCUCUGCUGCAGCAAUGAGGGUAGUUGAACUACAGCUCCCAUCUCCUUGACUGUUGGCUUUGCUCAUUGGGGCUGAUGGGAAUUGCAUUCCUAACAACAUCUGGGCGACCACAGGUCCCCGUUCCUUGGUCUACAGUCUCUCACACUUUUAUGCAUUUUUGUGAAAUGCACUAAUUCCACUUGGGUUCUAUGCUCUACAUUGUGGGUUGGAAAAGAGCUUCUGAUGCUUGUUUCUGCUUCAGCUUGGAAUAUACUAAGUACCUACUUAAAAAACAAACAAACCUCUUGGACUCGAUGCAAGGAGAACUCACAUCCGCUCCCUUGAUACUCCAACUGGAUUGGAUUUAGCUGCCUCUUUGAAGCCGUUUUUGUGGAAUUCAGCUCUUCUGACUCAUGAACAUUCCUGGUAUAGCUGCUCAGAACUGUCCAAAGCCCAUGCGGGUGACUUUAGCCUCAGUUUUGCCCUACGAUGAUGUAGCUGGAGUUCUUCCUUUAAGAGAAUGCGUGCAAUAAGGAGGCCAGUGUUGUCUUGAUGACACUUUGGGUCUUUCUCUGCUUCCUUUAGCUGCCUUGUAUUUUAGAACAUCUGAUUUCUUGGAACACAUGGAACUGCUCUUUAAUAAUGGAGAAUGACAGGAAAAAGAAAAAAAAAACAGCCUUAACAUAUUGGGAGAAGCAAAUCUUGGAUUUGAUCCAGAUUUAGCUGUAGGUAACAGUAGAUUCAUAACUAGGACUGAAGUUGGAUCAAACCCCGGGUUCUGUACAAUUUGAAUGUACAGCGUUUUUAGUAUUUUUCUUUUAACUGGGGGAUUUUUACCUCCAAAAAGGCAAACCUUUUGUCAGGGAGCUAAAUAGCAAUGGAAAGGGAGUGAGGCAUUUCUUUUCCCCGUUCUACCUCAAGUAAUUGUGAAUGUGAAAGUUUAAAAAAUGUUCUUAGAAAUGCAACAUCCACAUGCAUAUUUUUACUUGGGAACAAAAAGUUCAGACAAGAGAACCGAUCUCAUAGAACACUUUUUAACUGUUGCACAGAGUGAGAAAGAACAAGUCAGUGCCAACACAUAAUUACGUACUGGCAUAAACCUUUAUGUCGGAGCUGCAGAUGACUCAGCCAGCCUCAAAGGUUACCAAACUUGUUUUUGUGUACCUUUCUACCUCCAUAUACCUACUACAUUGAUAUUAAGUGACCAAAAGAGAAAUAAGACCCACUUAAAAACUCCCAAAAGCUCAUUCUUCGCUGGUCACCUGGAGGUGAUCUUUUUUCGCCAGUGGUGACUAGGCAAGCCAUUUCCAGCACCAACUUUCCCUGUCUUUCAUUAAAGUAGCAUUUCGUUCAUCCCUCUUUGUCCCUCCCUCCAACUAGUUCAUUGGGCCAUGGUCACCUUUGCCUCUUCCACCUUGGUGCCUUUUUCUCUGUCCUCAAGCCCUUCUGUCUGGCUCAGUCAGCUCCAAAACCACACUGGCCUUUUUUCCAGAAAUUUCUCCACAGGUGGGAGUUAUCUGUCUGGCUCUGCAGUAUUGAAGCGCACACACUCAAUCUGGGCAACGUUGACCUUUCAGUGCUUCUACCAGACCUUUCUACUGCACAUGUCCCAAAGAAAUCCGGGUGUGCAAAAACAUGUAUGCAGUUGUGUGAGCCCCAUACAUUUCAGUGGGCAUGCUCAGGAGAAUUUUCUUGUGGAUUUGGCUUCAGCAUCCAAGGACUACCAUUAACCCAGCUUUUAUAUCAUCAGCAUUUCUAUGAAAAUAGCUGUACACACAGAUACAAUGAGCUUGUUUUCCAAAGAAAAUGGUCAGUGCAAAGCAUUUGAGAUUUAAGCCUUUUUUAUUUGCUUAGAGAUCUCUCCUUGAAACAAAAAGUAAAAGGAAUGCAGAGGUGAUGUUAAUUCUGUUUUUAGUGCAAUAAUGAUAGCACAAUCCAGUCAGAACUACUCUUGCAUAAGCUCCAUUGGAAUUAAUGGGGCCUUGCUCUGGCAGGAGACUCAUUUAUUUUGGGAGAAUUUCUUACUGGAUUGCGGCUGAGCCAUUUAUUUGUGAAAUGGACUAAAAUAUUUCUGAGAUGUAAGCAGCUGUGUGUCUUUUUAUAUAGUAUAUAUUCAAGGGACCUGUAAUGAAUUUGUAAUUUUAAUUGUAUUUAAUUAUUGGAGUCUAUUUUUAAAAAAUGGAUUUGCAUGUAUGAUACUUUAGGGGCAGCUUUGGAGGGCAGGUAAUGUUAAAUUAAAUCUUUGGUAUGUAUAAAUUAUGGCUGUCUAAUACUCUAUAAACUAUUUUUAAUUCAUAGGCUGACCAAAAAAAUGAAAAUAGAGGUUAUGUUUCUAUUAACCUUGGAUCAAAUAUUGUAUUAUGCAGAAUAAAACUUCUUUCUCUAUUCA